GCUGAAAGGGAGAGUGUCUGGUCUUCUGCUACUCACCUUGUAAAUAUUCUUGAUAGUCCCACUUUUCAUGAUCAUUUUGUUUCGCUCCUUCGAUAUUGUUAUCCGGAUUUUGUAGUUGAGGUUGUAAGUAGAUGGGGAAAGACGCAAAAGGUGGUGGAGGGAAGGGUAAGGGAAAGCAAGCAAGUGGUGGAAGUGAUGAAGCUUCUGCCUCUAAGGGUAAAGGCAAAGCUGGCAAAGCCGCUGAUGGUCUCGGAACAUGCACUUAUGUUAAAGCGAGACACGUUUUGUGCGAAAAGCAAGGAAAGAUCAACGAGGCUUACAAAAAGUUGCAGGAUGGUUAGUUGAGCAACCGAGACAAGGUUCCUCCUGCUGAGUUUGCAAAGAUUGCAGCAGAGUACUCGGAGUGCCCAUCAGGGAAAAAAGGAGGAGAUCUUGGAUGGUUCCCUAGAGGAAAGAUGGCAGGUCCCUUCCAAGAUGUCGCCUUCAACACUCCUGUUGGCGUCACCAGUGCCCCCUUCAAAUCUACGCACGGAUACCAUAUCAUCCUGUCUGAAGGAAGAAAGAACUGACAGAUCACAUAUCUGCUCUGCUCUGCUCUGCUCUGCUCUUGUGGAAGUCACUUACUAGUUGGUCACUGUAAUCUAUAUACAAAAGUCUGAUUCUCAGUAAGCUAUUAUAAUAUAUUCACACCAGUAACAUGGACCAUGAACAACAGUGUGUAGCUGGAGGUUAUUGGCUUUGGGAAUAUCUUCCCGAUCGUAAGAAAAGUAUGGUUUAUAUGUCCUACCAGUUGCGGAAUCUCUGAAAGAAAUAUACCAGUUCCGGAAUCUCUGAAAGAAAUAUAUUAAUAUAAUAUGAAAGGUAAAAAAAUAAAACGAACGCGUAGGAAUGUGAACACAAGUGUGUAAAUGGGUAAAGACUACAGAGAAAAAAAAGGAGGGUUGGAGUUGGAGGUCGUUGAAUUGUUAGUGUGAAUCUAACAACACGCAUAUAAAAGUGAUUAUAAAGUGCACAUAUAAUUGCGCAACUCCCCAAUCCUCCAUCCAC